CGAUAGGUGUCUUGGCUGACGCCAAGUACAAGAGGACCGAAGGUUUGAAGGACCUGGCCGCUGCCGUCUCUAAGAAGUAGAUAGCAGACAUUCAAUAAGAGAAAACCGAUGGUCUGCGGACUGGCGCUGUCAAGUUUUUUAUGAUCCAAUCAAUAAUACGACCCGACGCAACAUGCCCGGCGUUUUUCCAAGGUUCUUAGCCAUGUUUAGCCAGACGGUUGGCAUACGUUCUACCAUAGGAGCAAUGGGAGAAUGAGAAGAAUGACAGGGAAGAGAAGGAGGUCUUUGAGAGGCAGAUGCGACGGAUCCAACCCUACAAGAUAUACCGCAAGGCGGGGUACAUUACUGCGAAGGCUAGGAACGCAGCGGGCAUGCCGCUCAAUGACUAGGCCUUUAGGAUGCAGAGACCAACAAUUUGAACCACUGGUCCGUUUUGUAUUCUUCUUGCUUCUUCAAUCAUCAUUUCUCAAAAUUGAAAUCUUUGUUCUCGUCGCGCCUCUCACAGCUCGUCUCGUAUAUACGCGAUAUGUACGACUACUUAUAAUAAUCAGAGCUCAGCUUUUGAACAUGACGUUGAAACGCAAGGCGCAAGGAAAUCCCUUACAAUCGAAGAAACGGGUCAGACAUGACCCCCUACAUCAUCCUCAUCCGCCCAUCCAACAUCAAUAUGGGACUUGGCCGUUACUAGAUCGCUCUCACUGCCCUAUCCACGGAUGCCCCCUUCUUCGGCUCUAGUUACCCCUUGCAAUGAAGACGUCAACAAGGAGACCUGUGAUAACCAACACGAACACAGAGGGAGGUUAUAUUUUAUCAGGUUCAAGGCCAUACCUGAGACGGCAAAGACUUAUGUCUGGCCUUCUCACUCGGCAUGUUGUCAAAUCACUGUCUAGGUUCGACUGAUCGAAUGUCUUUCCAUCAGAAUCGAUCGAGUGAAAUUGCUGACAUCCGGCGAUACAA